UUAUUUAAUGCACAACAAUUUUGGAUCACAAACAAUCUUCAAAGAAUUGAGGGCAAUACGGACACCGAUAUGUUGGCCACUGAUGCCCUCUUUGAUUGCUACAACAUUGCGACUGAUGAAAGCAUGUCACAUGACGCAUGGUGCCAGAAUUCAGUGUUGCACUCUUAAGUGGCCUGCCAACUGCUGAGGGGGGCAGAGAGGCUUUCUUCUCCUCUGGAUUCACAUCCAUGCCACACCAGCAGCUCAACACUGUCCUCUACGCUGCCUCCUAUGCCUCUUACACCUCCUGCUGAGCCGGACCCGGAACUAAAGAUGAACUGGGCAUCGUUUUAUGCUGUCAUCAGCGGGGUGAACAGACACUCCACAGGCAUCGGUCGCAUCUGGCUCUCUGUCCUCUUCAUUUUCCGCAUCCUGGUCCUGGUGGUGGCGGCGGAGAGCGUGUGGGGCGACGAGAAGUCGGGCUUCACCUGCAACACCCAGCAGCCGGGCUGCAACAGCGUCUGCUACGACCACUUCUUCCCCAUCUCCCACAUCCGCCUCUGGGCGCUGCAGCUCAUCCUGGUCUCCACCCCUGCCUUGUUGGUGGCCAUGCACGUGGCCCACCGCCGCCACGUGGACAAGAGGAUCUACAAACUGUCAGGGCGAUCCAACCCCAAAGACCUGGAGAUGAUAAAGACCCAGAAGAUGAAAAUCUCAGGGGCUCUCUGGUGGACGUACGUCAUCAGCCUGUUUUUCCGCAUCGGCUUUGAGGUCACCUUUAUGUAUUUGUUUUACAUGAUCUACCCUGGGUACAAGAUGAUCCGGCUGGUGAAGUGUGACUCGUACCCCUGUCCCAACACGGUGGACUGCUUCGUGUCGAGGCCCACCGAGAAAACUGUGUUCACCGUGUUCAUGCUGGCUGUGUCGGGGGUUUGCAUUAUACUCAACAUCGCAGAGGUGCUGUUCCUGGUGGGGAAGGCCUACGGCAAGCAUUUGCACACUGCUGGAGAAUCGACUGUGGGGGCUUGGAUCCAACAGAAACUCUGCUCAUAACACAGAUUUCAUACCCGUCCAAAGGGAUUACACUGAAAAAACUGAAAGUUUGACUUUAGUUAAAUGUUUUAUGUCAACAAAUUACACAUAACUGUAUUAAGUUA